AUGUCCUUAUUUAUUCAGGAUGAAUCAGAGGAUGAAGAUUUGGUUUUGGAACUGUCAAAACAGGACCAAGAUUCGGGGUUUCCAGGAGAAAAUUCAAGCACCCCGAAAAACCAGGAAGAUGCCUUGUAUCCAUUGAUCAUGAACGACAGUCAUGCCAACAUGAAGCCAGAUAUCGAAGAAAUUCGGCCGGUCGAUUUGCAACUGUCGCUUCCCUUGCAUUUUCAGCAGCAAAUUGUGGAAGAUUUGCUAGUUUCUGAAGACUGCCUUUUAAUCUUGGGGGAAGGGCUGGGUCUCGAGCCAAUUGUAGCCAAUCUCCUUCACAUAUUGGCCACACCUACGGUGAUUGACGGCCAGGAUAAACGGUCCUUGGUUUUGCUCCUGAAUGCUACCGACGAGGACAAUGACAAAAUUCAGGAAGAGCUACUGGAGCUAUCAUGGUCGAUCGAAGAAGAGCCAGUACACGAAAAUGCAGAUACAAGCGAAAGUGUGGAAACAGAACAAACGGAGCCCAAAAGUGGCCAGCGACCAUUCAGUGUUGUUACAGCAGAUACGCUCACCGUAGAUAGAAGACGACGACUGUAUUUGCACGGCGGAAUAGUUUCAGUAACCUCCCGCAUCUUGAUCGUCGAUCUCUUGUCCGGCAUCAUCCACCCUAACAACAUCACAGGGCUCGUUAUUUUGCAUGUGGAAUCUCUCAACAACUUUUCCAACGAGUCGUUCAUCACUGACAUGUAUCGGGCCACCAACAAAUGGGGUUUCAUCAAAGCAGUUUCCGAUCAGCCCGAAGCUUUCAUGAGCGAGUUUUCACCGCUACGACGCAAACUCAGAGAUCUGCAUUUGAGGAGAACGCUUCUGUGGCCUCGUUUUCAUGUCGACGUUUCUUCCAGCUUGAACCUACGAAACGAAAACAAAGUAAUAGAGGUGAAGGUCUCUCUCACAAAUUCCAUGUCUCAGAUUCAAUUCGGUCUCUUCGAGUGUCUCAAAAAGUGUAUUGAAGAGCUCAACAGAAAAAAUCCAAGCCUGGCCUUGGAGUCUUGGAAUGCAGACAAUUGCUUGCACUCAAACUUUCUGAGAUCCAUUCACACAGUUUUAUCGCCCAAUUGGCAUCGUAUUUCUUUCGAGUCUAAGCAACUUGUUAAAGAUAUCGGUACUUUGAAGAAACUCUUACACGCUUUGAUAAGUUACGAUGCUGUCGAUUUCUAUGAGAUCAUUCAGAUGAUUCUAGACGCUAACAAACCUUCCGUCACGAGAAAAUACUCUGAAUCGCCCUGGUUGAUGGCUGAAGAGUCUCAAGCGGUUCUUUCUUACGCUAAAAAACGAGUGUUUCAAGACGGAAACUAUGAACUGGAAGAAUUGCCCAAGUGGGAGCAGCUCACGGCAAUUUUGGAGGAUAUCGCCGCAGAGAAAGGUCGCUCUACUGUUCCCAAUGGUCCAACAUUGAUCAUUUGCUCUGAAGAUCGAACAUGUCGCCAACUCAGGAAGAUUAUAACCUACUCGGAAAGAAAGGAAGGUGCUCGCAAGUACUUGCUGCGAAAAUUACGAGGAUAUAUGGAACGGAGGGAUGCUUUAAAAAGAGCUGCGAAGGAUGUCAGCGACUACUCUCAGAAACAAGGUGAUACAGGCGAGUUAGCUGUAUCAAAAACAUUCGCGAAAGAAGAAAUAAAUUCAAAACGCCGAAGGACAAGAGGUGCGGCCGCUGUAGCUGCUGUGACGCGAUUGAAGACCGCUUCUACAAGUGGUGGGGAAGACAUUGAUAGCAUAAUGACCAUACAUGAAAUCGAAGGACAUUUAACAGAAAUUAUUGAGGGAACCGAUGACCAACUGAUAGAAACCGGGGACCUUGAAGAGAUUUUAGACAACGACGAAGGUGCUGAUAUUUAUAACGAUAUACCGACAACCGAGAUUGAUGAUGUGCCAUUUUCUCAAGCACCCAGUAUGGUAGAAAGUGAGAGUGUGUGGGCAAAAUCUGACUCUCUGUUUGAAUAUAUCGAUAGAAGCGAGCAGAUUGUCAUUGAGAAGUUCUACAAUAAGACCAAUGACCUUCUUUUGCAAGAAGUGAUGCCCUCUCACAUUAUAAUGUAUGAACCAGACUUGUCAUUCAUUCGGCGUGUUGAAAUGUACAAGGCGCUGCACAAAGAUCUGCCUUUGAAGAUCUAUUUCAUGUACUACGGUGACAGCGUCGAGGAACAAAGUCAUCUGGCAGCAAUCAAGAAAGAGAAAGACGCUUUUACUAAAAUGAUAAGAGAGCAUACAAAUUUGGCUCAGCACUUCGAAGUCGAUGAAGACCUUUCAAGGUAUAAAAAUCUGACUCAACGGAAACUGCUGUUGUCCCAAAGUCUUCGAAGCUCAAGAAUAGCAGGUGGACAAAAAGCCCUUGAGAGUUUAACGAACGAUGUUGUUGUCGUUGAUAUGCGAGAGUUUCGAGCUCCCCUCCCCGGGCUACUGUACCGGUACGGUGUUAGAGUCAUUCCCUGUAUGUUGACGGUAGGUGAUUAUAUCCUUUCUCCACAAAUUUGUGUAGAAAGAAAGUCCGUACCUGACUUGAUCGGCAGCUUCAAAAAUGGCAGACUUAGUGAACAGUGCAAGAAAAUGUUAAAGCAUUACGAGUACCCUACUUUACUUAUAGAAUUCGAUGAUAUUGACUCGUUUUCAUUGGAGCCCUUUAGUGAAAGAAGAUAUGGAUCAACCUCUUCUAAUGCACAUCCGAUUGGAGGAAAGCUGAUGCAAGAUGAGAUUCAAAUGCAGCUAGCCCAACUUGUUUUGAAAUUUCCGUCUCUAAGGAUUCUAUGGUCGUCCUCCCCACUUCAGACAGUCAAUCUCAUUUUGGAUUUGAAAGUAGGGAGAGAACAACCUGAUCCCACAACCUCUGUAAAUAUUGGUUUGGAAAGAAAGGCAACCAAGACGAAGAGUACAUUGGACUCCAUUAGUAAACUGAGGGAACUCCUCGGAAUACCCGGUUUUUCGAAUAUCGAUUAUUAUAAUGUCACAAAGCGUGUAAAGAACUUUGAGAGCCUUAAAAAGCUCAACAAGGUGCAGCUCACUGAUUUAGUUAAUGAUGCGGAUCUCGCAGAUCGUAUCCUCAACUAUAUUGCGAUGGAAGCCGAAGAGGACUCUGAUGACAUCAUAUAA